UUAUUUUAAACGAAUUUUCUGUGCACAAGCUAAGGUGACUUCUUUAGCAAGAGUGGUACCACUCGUAACAGUAUACCAACGGUCAUCCGUUCAAUAAGUGAGUGAUAGAUUGCAAAGGAAUAUAUUUUGCCAUUUUGCAUUUGACUUGAAACUUAGUGCCGAUUAUAUUUACACUCCGCGCCGGUCGAUUUGUGUUUGUGUGCUUCUUUUUAUUGACUUCUUUUUGUUAUUUUAACACAUUUGUGGAUACUUUUGUAUAAGGCAUGCCGGAACCAACAGAAGUAGUCAUAUCCGGUAUUGCUGGAAGAUUUCCAGAAUGCGACUCCACCGAAGAGUUCAAAGAAAAAUUAUUUAACAAUGCCGAUUUGUUGACAGUCGACAACAGAAGAUGGCCACCAGGUAUGUACGGGGUACCAGCUAGGACUGGCAAACUGAACGAAGUCAACAGGUUUGACGCAGAAUUCUUUGGAGUUCACUCUAAAUUGGCCAACUCUAUGGACGUUCAGCUUAGGAUAUUGUUGGAAGUCACACACGAAGCGAUUAUGGACGCAGGUGUAAACCCACAAGAUAUCCGAGGCACCAAGACAGGCGUGUACGUCGGUAUGAUGACUACCGAAUCUGCGGACUACUUUGAGCGCACUCCGGAGAAAAUGACCGGAUACGAGACCAUCGGAGCCAUUAGGUCCAUGCUGGCCAACAGGCUUUCGUUUCAGUUUAACUUUAACGGUCCGAGCGUUGCAGUGGAUACCGCGUGUUCGAGUGCACUGUUUUGUUUGCACGAAGCUAUCACAGCAAUUAAAACCGGACAAUGCGAAGGGGCCAUUGUGGCGGGAACGAAUUUAUUAUUAAAACCGGCUCUUUCCGUCAUGUACCACAGAUACAACAUGCUCAGCCCGACCGGAACCAGUAGACCUUUUGACAUUGGCGCUAACGGUUAUGUGAGAAGUGAAGCUAUUGUCGCUAUAUACAUUAGAAAAUCGAAAGAUGCCAAACGGAUUUACGCUACGGUGGCGGGAACAUCUUCCAACACUGAUGGAUUCAAAACGGAAGGCGCUACUUAUCCUUCACAGUUCAUACAGAGUCAAUUGAUCAGAGAAACCUAUGCCCGUGCAAAUUUGAAACCUACCGACGUUCAUUACGUGGAAGCUCACGGAACCGGGACGGGGGUAGGCGACAGACAAGAACUGAACGCGAUUUCUGAUGUAUUCUGCGUUGGUCGUACAAGUCCUUUGCUUAUCGGUUCGGUCAAGUCGAACGUGGGCCACACUGAGCCAGUAUCGGGAUUGGUAUCCAUAGCAAAGGUUAUUUACGCUUUGGAAACGGGCGUUAUACCGGCAAACAUCAAUUUUGAGACAUUGAACCACAAUAUACCCAAACUUGUUAGCGGUGAACUCGAGGUCGUCAAAGAGAAAACUCCACUUCCGGGUGAUUUGGUCUCGAUCAACUCGUUCGGUGUGGGAGGAUCUAACGUUCACGUUAUACUCAGAGCCAAUAGCAAAAGCUCACAGUCUGUUGCUCUACCAAAAGUCGACAUUCCUAGGCUAGUGUUUCUGGCAGGAAGAACCAGAGAACUGUUGAACGAACAAUUUGAAGUUAUAGAAAAACACUCAAACGACGUGGACUUCUUGACUUUGAUCGAUGACAUUUACAAGUCGCCCAUUCCCGGAUACAAGUUUUCUGGGUAUUCUAUUCUCGGACAAAAUCCUGCAAAUGUCGAAAUAGCACAAAACAACUAUACCGGAGAUAAAAGACCAAUCUAUUUUAUAUUUCCCGGAAUGGGAAGUCAAUCGUUGGAUCUGGUUAAAGAUUUGGUGAAAUUCCCAGUGUUCAAAGAUGUUGUCGACAGAGCACACCAGACACUGCUUCCUCAUGGCUUCAGCGUUUACGAUUUGUUUUAUAAAUCCAACGAAAAAACAUUUACCGACAUAAUCAACGUUACGAUCACAAUUGUAGUCGUGCAGAUGGGACUCGUGGAUAUUUUGUCGUCAUUGGGUAUUAAGCCCGAUGGUAUCAUAGGCCAUUCAGUGGGUGAACUCGCUUGUGCAUAUGCAGAUGGUUGCUUUACAUUGGAAGAGACUUUACUGACCAUGUACUGGAGGUCUCGUAUUUUGACCCAAGUAGAUAUUAUUCCCGGGGCUAUGGUCGCUGUAGGAUUAUCGUGGGAAGAAACUAAGAAAAGGCUUCCAGAAGGUGUGAUAGCUGCUUGCCACAACAGCGCAGACAGUGUAACUAUUUCUGGACCCAAGGAGUUGACUUUGAAAUUUGCCGAAACUCUUCAAAAAGAAGGUAUAUUUGCCAAACCCGUGGAUUCAUUAGGUUAUGCUUUCCAUUCUCCAUAUCUGCAAAAGUUAAUACCGGCUCUGAAACCGUACUACACAAAGUUAAUGGUCAAUCCAAAAGCAAGAUCAAACAAAUGGAAGAGCACAUCAUUACCAGAAAGUCAGUGGAAUACAGAAGGAGCCAAGUAUUCAUCGAUGGAGUACCAUCUAAAUAACAUCAGUUCCCCUGUUUACUUCCAUGGAGCUAUGCAGCAUGUGCCAGAAAACGCUAUAACAAUUGAAAUCGCGCCUCAUUGUCUCCUGCAAGCAAUUCUAAAAAGAUCUUUACCUCCGACAAUAACCAACGUCGGUUUAACUAAGAAAACCGUUUCGAACCAUGUAGACUUUUUGUUGGAAGCUAUCGGAAAGCUGUAUAUUGCUGGGGCACAGCCACAAUUGAAAAAUCUCUAUGGAAGUGUAGAAUAUCCAGUUGUGAAAAAUACACCAAUGAUAUCUCCGAUAGUCAAGUGGGAUCACUCUAACGAAUUUUUAGUUGCAAACUUUGUAGAGAAAGGUUCUGGAUCAAAUGAUAACGAAGUGGAGGUUUCUAUUGCAUCAGACCAAGACAAAUAUCUUAUUGGGCAUACGAUCGAUGGACGUGUAUUGUAUCCUGCGGCAGGAUAUAUGACUUUGGUGUGGAAAGUUUUCGCAAAAUCACAAGGAAAAUGGUUCGAAGAAGUACCCAUAGUUUUUCAAAAUAUUAAAUUUCUCAGACCCACAGUUCUGAACAACGACACGACCGUCAAGUUCGAAAUAAACAUUCUCAACAGUUCGGGAGACUUUGAGUUGCUCGAAGGAGGAGCGUUAACCGUGUCUGGUAACAUUCGCCUGUUGAACGAAAGCUAUUCCGAUUACCAUCUACAACAUCCGGUAGCCGUGUCUGAAAAAAUGGAAUUAAAUUCGGAAGAUUUCUAUAAGGAGUUGAGAUUGCGCGGAUAUCAGUACAAAGACAAUUUCCUUGGGUUUAUCGAAGCCAACAUCGAUGGCACUAAGGGCAAAGUCGCUUGGAUAGGUAACUGGGUGUCGUACAUCGAUACGCUUCUCCAGUUUCAGCUGAUAUCGCUCAAGUCGAGAGAACUUCGUUUGCCGACCAACAUCAAAGAAGUCAUCAUCGAUCCGGUUUAUCAUAAAAGCGUUAUUGAACAAUCGCCGAAUCCGAAUGAAGUCGAAGUCAACAAUUUCGUAUUUGCCAAAACUACACAAUCGGCCGGGGUUACUAUAUCGAAAUUGACCGUGACACCGGCACCUUUGAAAAAGAACACUCAGCCAUCUCCGACGUUGGAACGGCAUUCGUUUAUACCUUAUGUGUACAUAAACAACGACAUGACGACUUAUGAAGUGCUGUACGCCGUGGUCGGUUUGUUUAUGGAAAACGUGGGAGCGCAUUAUUUAAAAGCAGCAGAAGUAUACAAAAAGAACGUGUUGGCGACCGACAUUGUUGCGAUCAUCGAAAACGAGGCCAACUUUUAUGUAGACUAUUCUGUCCUCUCGAACGGACCCGUCGACAUCGAAGAAAGCAAGUUGUCGGCUCAAGACAUCAACGUGGUCAGCUACAAUGUGGAUAACGGACCGUUGCCCGAACAAUACCAUCUGAUUGUCGCCGAAGACACCAAGUUCAAUUCGGCCUUGUUGAAUAAAAUUUCCCAGGGUCUGACCACGAGGGGUUUUGCUCUUCUGGUCGAAGACGCGGCCGCCACGUUUAUAACCACCGCAGACUCUGCCGACCUCCAACAAGUACUGGUCGUGGAGAACAACAAUAGGAAAUAUUAUCUUUUGAAGAAGCGUUCGCCACAAUACGAGUACACCGCUUUCAAAGUCGAGGACGGACCGUUCACAUGGGUGGAUUCGCUGAAAAAAGAACUGGAAAACAUCAAAGGCAAUCCGAACAAAAAAAUAAUAGUGUACAGCGACAAGAACGUCAACGGUGUUCUUGGAUUUGCUAAGUGCCUGGUCGAAGAGUAUGUAGGCGAGUCCAAUCCGAUCAGGUGUGUACUCGCCGAUUCCGGUAAGAAAUACACGCUAAAGGAUUUCGCGCCGAUUCUAGAAAAGGAUCUGUUCUUCAACGUGGAACAAAACGGCGUUUGGGGAUCGUACAGGCAUUUGCCAAUCGACGUCAACGUUUCCUCGAAAAUACCAACGUUCGAAGCCAACGUGACGGUACAGUCUAAAGGUGACUUAACGACACUCCAAUGGGUUCAAGCAUCCAAGUACUCCAACUAUACUGGAAACGAUGUGAUCAACGUUUCAUACGUAGGCGUCAAUAACGUUGAUUUGGCCUCAGUGUCUGCUAUGAGAACCGAAUUUGGUGUGGAAUUUUCCGGCAUAAAACCGAACGGCAAGAAAGUAAUGGGGAUAACAAACUCUGGAGCGUUGUCUUCUACGAUUCAACAGAACAAAGCUCUCGUAUGGGACGUGCCUCAGGACUGGACUCUACAACAAGCGGCAACUGUGCCGUAUUCAAUUUUCAUGGCCGCCUACGCUUUGAUAUACAAAGGAAAACUGUCAGAGUCCUCCAAAAACGUAUUGGUCUUUGUCAACGAAAACACUGUCAACUAUGCUGCUAUUUCGGUUGCUCUAUCGUGUCAAUGUAAGGUAUUUGUUGUCGCCGAAUCCAACGAACAACUCCAAUUCGUCCAUACUAAUUAUCCCGGAGUCAGUCAGUUGUCUGGUACGCGAUUUGAUACAAAAUUCGUCAACAUGUUGCUGAGUUCAACCAAAAAUCACGGUAUAGACUAUGUUGUUUUGUCCAAGGACGUCUCCACUCGUCUACCAGAACUGCUUGCCGCCGACAACAAAGUCAUUCUAACCGAGAACGUCGACAUUUCAGCCUUAACGAACUCGUCCGUUGCGUUCGAACUGAUAUCGGCUAAAUUCGAAGACAUUUCGCUGGUCGAGCAACUAAACACCGAAGUAUAUACGUUUAUCGACGAUAAACUUAAAAAUGAUCUCAUCAAACCCAUACCGUUUAUUGAAUAUGAAUAUUCGAAAGUUGAAUCUGCGUUCAGAGCAUAUAACAACAACAAAUCGGGGAGAAAAAUCUUGAUAAAAGUGAACGGAGAAACGUUGAAAUAUAAUUUCGAAACGGUCGCACGAGUGCAUUUCGACUCGAAGAAAAGUUAUAUCCUAUCAGGCGGUCUGGGCGGAUUCGGAUUGGAGCUUACCGACUGGGCGAUUUCUCGGGGCGCCAAGAAUAUUAUUCUCUGCUCGAGGAGUGGAAUCCAAACGGGAUACCAGAAAUACAGAGUUAGCAGUUGGAAGGAACAAGGUGUCAACAUUGAAAUUAGCACGUACGAUUUGACAACGUUGGCCGGAGCUAAGGAAACGGUCAAUUUAGCGUCGAGUUUGGCACCAGUCGGUGGAAUAUUCAAUUUGGCCGGUGUGUUACGUGACGCGAUAUUCGAAAACCAAACCGCGGCAAACUUCCAAGCCGUGUACGCCAGCAAAGUGUUGACCACCAAAUACUUGGACGAAGCGUCCAGAAGCGUGAGCAAUGAUUUGGAAUACUUUGUCACGUUUUCGUCGAUCUCGUGUGGCAGAGGAAACAUAGGUCAAACCAAUUACGGUUACGCCAACUCGAUCAUGGAGAGAAUUUCAGAGCAAAGACAGAAAUUAGGCCUGCCCGCUCAAUCGAUCCAAUGGGGAGGCAUCGGCGACGUCGGAAUGGCGUACCAGUUGACUCGCGGUAACGACGAAAAGGAAAUAAACGGAACUUUAGCACAAAAGAUGUCGUCGUGUCUAAGAGUGUUGGACAUACUUUUGUCCCACAACUCGGCUGUGGUAACCUCGCACGUGAUACCGAACAAAAGAAAGCAAACCAGCGACUCCAAGGCUCAAUCGCUCACGGACGCCGUCGCUGCGAUAAUGGGUAUCCAAGACCCGGCUUCCGUCAAGCCAGCUGCUACAUUGGCCGACCUGGGAAUGGACUCGUUGAUGGCGGUCGACAUCAAACAGUCGAUUGAACGAGGCUAUGGAUUGACUUUGACAAACACCGAAAUACAGAAAUUGAAGUUCAGCGAACUAGAAAAUAUCGGCGCUAAGUAACCACCGCGAAUAUGACAACGACUAUCUUUAUUGUUUAUCUUUAAAAUUAUUGUUAAAUGAAUAAUUGUAGUUUAAGUAAUAUUAUAAAUUCUGGGCGACGUACAUUUUAUCUGUGCGUUUGUAAUAAAUUAAUUACAGAUGCGUUCUGUUCGAGAUACAUAACGACAUGAAAUUAUAUUUAUACUUUGCAUAGGGAUUGAAUACACAUAAAACAAACCACAACAUAUAUUCAUAUUAAAUACGGAUAAUGUUAUCUAUUUUUUUUUUUUUUUUUUGCCAGUGAAGUUUCACUCUCAUUUUGUGAUAUAAGUACGCCUAAGUUAACGGUAUGUUUAUGGAAUUAAUUGUAAUAUAUAUUUUUUUUUUUUGGUCAAUAUAUUUGACAUUUAAAUAUAUCAUAUUAUAUAUUAAUGACAGUUUUAGUAUAAUCUUAGUUAUGAAAUGUAUACAUAUGUUUCAGUUGAAAACUAAAUUAUGUGUUAUUAAAUUAAUUUUGGUUAACUAAAUUCAUUCUGAUUUAUAUCACUUCCCUUCGACUUCCUUACAUGAACGAUGUACCUGUGUACUUGCAAUUAUAUUCUAGUACUUGCAAUUAUAUUCUAGUAAUAUUCCAUGAGAUUACAACGCGUCGACAAUAGGGUGGUGAUUACUUAAACAAUUUUCUUAAUCAUUGAAUUGAAAGUUUUGGGACUUCACAUAGUACUUAGGAAAUAUUGUAAGGGUUUAAAAAAUGUCAAUUAAAUGUAUGUAAAUUAGUGACUAUGUAAAUAUAUGUGGUGUUUCUUUUUGGAAACAUUUUUGAUUAUGCUA